AUGCGUACCGCUUCCGUUCUCGUCUCUGCCGCCGCUUUUGCCGGCAUGGCCAUCGCCGCCCCCGUUGAUUCCACUGCCACUGCAACCAUUGUCAUCGAGGCUUCACACGGCGGUGCUGGUAGUGGACUGACCAACACCACCAUCAGCGUGCCCAUCGGCCCCAUCUACACCAACUCGGACGCCUUGGACGAGGUCUCAACGCUGUACCUCACAGGCGCUACUGGCGUCGACGUGACCAGCGUCACCUGCACGCCGUACCAGGCCACCGACGGCGAGGGCACUGGCGGUCUGCCCUUUACUAGCAGCCAGCCAUCCUAUCUCUCCACCAAUACUGUUGUAGUUGGCAGCAUUGUCUGCGAAAGCUCCUGA